GCAUUGAAAGAUGGCCGCUCCCUGUGAGGCAAUGCUGUUCCUGUAAUCUGAUCAAAUUCAUGUUAAAUAAAGGCAUUAAAGUAGCUUUUAUCUAUCCAUACAUAUUAGUCGAGUGUUGUAUAAGCUAUUGCAGAGAUGAAGACCUUCUGUGGGAGAGCCAACCCGACCACCGGAGCUCUGGACUGGGUGGAGGAGAGUGAGGAGUACGAUUACCACCAGGAGAUAGCCAGGUACUUCACACAUGAUCUCUGUACACAUGUUCGUGUUGUUGUGUGGGCGGUGAACAUAUCAUACUUUAGAAUAGUUCCGAGUUUCCUAAAAACAUGACACGGACACAGUAGUAGUGAAUUUUCAUAAACUGUUUUAGUGUCGUGAAUUCUUAGAUAAAUACUGAGGCGUAUACUUUAUUAGUUUGAUCAAAAAGUCAACUGCUUGACUAUUUUUAUGACGGCUAAUGAUACCACAGGAUUUUGGCGUAAAGUGUAUUGUGAUCUGGUAAUAUAAAUAAAGAAAAGUAUAAAACCACAUAUAUUUAUGAAUCAUUAAAGGUGAAGUUUGUACAGUAUUGAGCCUCCUUCACAUGGUACACCACUUUAAUUUUCUGAAAGAUAAUUGAUUGCAUUGUUGGUAAAGAUAUAAUGGCAUACCCCAAACUAGUCGAUAUCCAAGGUAUCUCAAAAUAUCUGGCUGUAACCUAACUUGCAGAUGGUUUUGAUAUUAAAUUGCGUCUUAAACAGAAGCAUCAGAAACACUAUAACCUCUAACCACGGUGCACCUUUUCCUGUUGUGUUGUCUGUCUUUCAGGUCUUGUUAUGCAGACAUGCUCCAUGACCAUGACAGGGUGGGUGAUGAUAAAUGAUAUAUACUGGAUAAAGCAUUUUUCUGGUUUGCCUUUUGAUUGUUUGUUCAGCUGUAGAAAAUGAACAGAUUUAACAUCAUACAGGUUAGCGGAGAUUUGCUUGAGUGUUAUCUCUCUUAGAAAGAAUGUUUUAAAUCAUUUACUAGACUUCACUGUUUUCAGAUCUAUGCUUUGGCUGAACUUAGUUAUUUUUAAACAAUCUCUUGGAGGAUAUACUCAUUUUCUCAGCAAAAUUAUGCUUGUAAAAGUCCCACCUUUAGUCAAUUUUCAGCUUUUGAACAGGUGACAUCCUUUGACUUGAAGCAGCAAAAAAACCCCAAACCAUAGUAUUUCAAAUGCCUUCCCUGGCUGUUAAAAUAUGUGCUCUUUUUGUGAUUAUAAAGACACAUAUUUUGAUAAACUUACAAGUUUGACAAAUUCUCCAUUUGCAGAUAGUUUUCAGGAUAGUGAGGUGAUUCAGUUAAAAAAAUAAUGAACACUUAAACUAUGCAUUGUUUUCGGCACUGGCACAACAAAUGUAUUUGCUCCUGCAGAAUGAGAAGUACUACCAGGGCAUCCGGGCAGCUGUGGCCAGAGUGAAGGCCCGGGGGGAAAAGGUUGUUGUGUUGGACAUCGGGACAGGGACAGGCCUGCUGUCAAUGAUGGCUGUCACUGCUGGGGCUGACUUCUGCUAUGCUGUAGAGGUAUAAAUGCUCCUCCUGUAUGUUCUGCAUGUUCAACUCCUAGGCUGACGGAUUCUGCUACAUUUCCAUGCCAAAUCUGCAAGUGUCUGCUUAUUUAAAAUCUCUGCCAUGAUUUGUACUUAUGGGAACAUAAUGAACUAAUGAGUGGGAAAAGUCUGAGUGUUUUUCAAGUAAACAAAGUCAGCAGCCACAUUAAAGAGUAAAAUGGUUGCAACACAAUGUUUCAGACAGUUAGUUUUAGUGUCUAAACACAUUACAAGACAGGAGACUCUGAUCCUGUACUUCGGUGUGCUUUUGGUGUUAAAAGUAUAAGUUCAGAUUGAACACAAUAUUUGUGUAACACAAAAUAACACAAAAAAGCUGAGGCAGUGGUAGGAAAGACCUGUAAAGUCCCAUGAGAUCAUAAUUUUUGACUUGUGUGAUGUUAUCUUUAGCCAACUAUUUAUCCAUAUGGUAUAUCAAUAAGAGCCCCUACGUAUUUUAUCAGUAGAGUAUACUUUGUUAUCAUUUACUAGCUCAAGCACAGCUACACAGCUGGCUAUGUUAUCUCACUGUAAGAUGAAUUAUUGCUGUCUGUUUUCAAACCUUUACUUCAUCUUAUUAGUGCUUUAAAGGGGGCGCAAGGUUGAGCAUUCACAACCACUUCUAAAGAAUCGAUCUUGUGCACAAGUUAAUAAAAUAACUUGUAUAAUAAAAACAAACAAGAUUAAAAAAUAACAAUUUUGCUUCGGAGAAAAAUGAGCUCCCAUGUACAAUAAAGAAGAAUUUCUGAGGAAAAUAAAAAGGAAGGUACUCAGGCGUGAGAGGAAGUCUUUUUCUACAAGGAUGUUUCGUGUGAUUCGUUCUAAAACGUUCUUGAUUUUCUCCAUAGUUUCUCCAUAACCUGUUAAGUUCUUCUCAUCAUCAUCAUCAUCAUCUCUGCUGCAGGUUUUUAAGCCCAUGGCUGAGGCAGCGCAGUGUAUUGUGGAGAAAAACGGCUUCUCUGAAAAGAUUAAGAUUAUUAACAAACACUCAACAGAUGUCACCGUCGGGACAGGUCAGAAAACACACACACACACACACACACAAGCAUUCACACCAUUUUGCACUGCAUGAACAUUUUGUGUCUCUUUGUUUCAAACAUGUCUGUGCUGAUGAAAGGUGUUGUGUUUGUUACUGAAUACAGAUGGAGAUAUGCAAAUGAAGGCCAAUGUUCUGAUCACAGAACUGUUUGAUACUGAGCUGAUAGGGGAAGGGGCCUUACCGAGCUAUGAGCAUGCUCACCAAAACCUGGUCCAAGUACGUGUGUAUGUGUGUGUACACAUCUGUGUUUUGAUAUAUGAUCCAUGAGGUGACCAAAAUCUUUUACGAUUAGUUUGACAUAUUUUCUUUAUUCUAUAGGAAGGUUGUGAGGCUGUCCCUCACCGGGCCACCAUCUACGCUCAGCUGGUGGAGUCAGAGCUACUCUGGAGCUGGUCUCAGUUGCAGCCAGUGGAGCUGGAAGGGGCUUGUGUGGUCCCCCCACCUGCAGUGGGCCUCUGUGCUGGAGCUCAUUCAGUGUGUGACAUUCAGAUGAGCCAGGUGUCUCCUAACAGCUUCACCCCUCUGGGUCCUCUCUGCACCAUGUUCAGGUAUGAAAGAGUUAAACAUCUUUAGAUCUGAUUGUUUUUUUUCCUCCAUGUAUUUUACAUCUUGUUUUGUGUCCUUCUGCCCACAGUGUGGAUUUCAGUAAACCAGUCAGCAGUGCAUUCCAGACCCACUCUUCCCGGUUUGUGGCUCAGUCCAGCGGGCGGGCCCAGGUGGUCUUGUCCUGGUGGGACCUGGACAUGGAUCCCAGUGGAAGCAUAGUGUGCAGUAUGGCUCCCAGCUGGACGUACACAGAACCAAAGAUGGCUCCUGUGAGUUUAAAGUAAAUGAUGUUGUGUGUCGCGCUCCCAUCAGCCCCUGCUGAUCACUCUGCUGUGUUUUAGUGGCGGGACCACUGGAUGCAGAGUGUGUAUUUUCUGCCAGUGGAAAGCAGUGUGACAAAAGGAGAGGAGCUGAGUCUGACUGUGUGCCAUGAUGACUACAGUCUGUGGUACAGCCUUCAGCUUCACAGGUGAGGGCUCAGAGACCGUAUGCUGUACAUGUAAAAGACCAGCAGGGCCAGGCUUUGUUAGACAGGGGUGACCUAAUUGGAGCUUAGACUUUAGUAGGGGUGGCCCAAACAAAGUAAACAUCAGGGGCUUACCUUGAACCUAGAAAGUUAUCCACACAAAUAACUUCUACUUGAACUUUGAAUAUGAUUUUUGAAUUGUUGAAUUUCCCUUUGGGGAUUAAGUUCCUCUUAUCUCGUCUCAUCUUAUCUCAUGACUCAACAGAGUGAAAACAUUUAAACCUGCCCAACUAAUUUUUGGAGAACUUGGGACAAUGUUUGUCCAAAGUCAAUGUUUUAAGUACCAAAAAAAGGGAAUUUUCAAUACAUGAAUUCAAUACAUGCUGAAUCUGACAAGGUCAACAGCCGUUCAUUGAUGCAUUAUAGGAGUACUAUCAAUCUGUUGCUGUCCAGGUACCAGCUAUAUUUACAUUGAUAUAGAUGGUGACCCACAAAAACUACAGACUACUCCAGCUUGGAUUUCAAGACUCUUGAACCUUGUUUCCAACUAAAAAAAAAAGGCUUUCAAAAUAUGAAUAAAGCAAUAAUAAUCUGAGCCUAUACUGUUAAACUGAGAAGACGUCAACCAUAAUACAACAAAUACAGUGCAUUCCUCUUUGAACUUCAGGCAUUAAGUAAAUGGUGCGUGUCUGUGAUCAUGUCUUCAGUCAGCAGGAUUCUCAGACUGAAGCUCCUCCCUCUCGGCCAUGUUGUACCUGCCAGGCUCACCUAGUUUGGACUCGGCCACGCUUUGGAGAACUCAAUGACAGACAGCGCACAGAGAGCUACGUCAGCGCACUGCGCAGUGUAGGUGAUGGAUGACCACAUUCAGGAGUGUCAAUGAAUGAAUCUGCUUUAUUUAUUCUCUGAUUAGCUGCUCUGUUCAUUCCAGGUCCUGACGGAGGACAGUGUGUGUCUCAGUGUGAGUGAUGGAAGUCUGCUUCCUGUGUUUGCUCACGUUCUCGGGGCUAAAAAGGUACUCUUUCUGUACCCUGUGCACAUAUUCAGCCUCUUCAAAUCUGAAAUCAUACUCAGAUCUGUGUCUUACACCUCUCUUUAUCGUCUUGGCCUUUUCUAGGUGUACGGCUUGGAGAUCUCUCGGAUGUCCAAAAAGGUUGUUGAGCAGGUAGAGGAGAGAUUAAACAUUUGGUUUUUGAUAAUUGGUAUUUUCACUAUUAUUUUACUCCAGAACUCCAGAAGCAGCUGAUGGUGUGUCUCAUUUCCUUGCAGGUACUGGAAGCUAACUCAGCAAAAGGAAGUGUGGAGCUUCUGGAGAUCAGACCAGAACAGCUGACCAGUAAUGAUCUGGGAGGAGAACAGGUACAUUUAAAACAGGAUUCUAGUGGCGGGUGCUGGCUUUGACCAUCGGAGUCAAGCACUGUUUCGAAUUCCUGUAAACAAAUAGCUCAUGUGUGAAGUUAUCUUGUGUUUAACAUGAAGCAGACCUCUGUCUCUGCUAUCUAGAGCAUUUUUGUGUGUUCUUGCUUAUGAACUGGUUUUGUUUUUUUAUUGCACCAAUGAAAGAGCAAGCAGGAAGAAUCUGAAAAAUAUAUAUUCUAACAAGAAAAUGGAUGUUAAUCACCAUUAAAAAUGGGACUUUAAAUUGAAAAUUAUGUUCCUUCUAUCUACUAGUUGUUUAAAUUGCUCAUAUUUUUGUUACUAUGUCAGUGUUGCAUUUACAAUUGUUCAGCUUGACCUAAAAGGCCAGCACCUGUUAGUGCUGUUUGAACUUUCUGUUGUCAUUAAGGUCCAUAACUUUUGUUGGUAUUGAGCUGUUUGCUUGCAUUUGGGGCAAAAGGGUGGUUUAGCAAAAAUUCAGAAAUAUGUAUUUAGGUGAGAAGACUGUUCAUCAUCUCCUCUACAGAUCUCGGUCCUGAUGGGUGAACCAUACUUCAGCACAAGCCUCUUACCCUGGCACUCACUCUUCUUCUGGUACUGUCGGACAGCACUGGCAGCCCUCCUCAAGCCAAAUGCCACCAUACUGCCCCGCUCUGCCUCCCUGCACAUGAUGGCUGUAGAGUUCAAGGUGAGACAAGACAUGUUUUCAUUCCUGUAUCAUUUGCAGAGAGAGCAAAGUGACACCCAUUUGCUUUUGUUUUACGAAUUUUAAUUUUCAAAUAUGUUUUAUUAUAUUUCUGUUCAUAUUGAAUAUCUGUUCUGUUCAGGUCUUGAACAUACUGAGUUUCAUUCAUGAAAACUAGAAGCGACAGAUGACUUUCUAACAUGAGUCUGGUUCUACUCGAGGUUUCUGCCUGUUAAAAGAAGUUUUGUCCUCCCCACUGUCACUUGUUAAAUGCUUGUUUAGUGCUACACUCAUGAUGUAGAUGAAGAUGGGUUGGAAUAAGACGCAGAAGAAGAUGAAGAAGACAAGGCUGAAUCUUAUCCCAUCUUUAUAUUCUGUCUUUGUAAAUAGAGUCUAGACCCUAGAAAACUUGGAGAAAAUGUUCACAUUUUCUAGCAGUCAUUAUGUAGCUCCAAGGUAGCAUGGGUGCUACCAAAGUGUACAUCUACUUCUGACUGCUCAUUUUUGUUGUGUUAAUUAAAGAAAAAUAUUGCUUGUAAUGAUUGUAAAUUACCAUUUGAAUUCAUGUUGUGAUCUUUUUCAUUUAGAAUAAUCAGAUGCCUUUGAAACAUGUAAAUAAAAUAUGACUUAAAAAUGUGGUCAUAGCACAUCUAGCUAAAUUAGUUUGGUAGCAGGUCUGAGCUUUAACUAAAAAUGUACAAAAGCGAAAGAAAAAACAAUUUACUUUCACAUUAUAAUGUGGUAGAUUUAUUGUCAGACCAAUAAACUUAUUGUGCUCUAAUGUGGUUCCCUUUUCUUAAAGAUCCUUGUGUGUUGAAGGAUAAUCCCCGAGGACGAGGGUUUUUUCCUUACAGGUGAUUAACUUUGUCUCUUUGGAUCUUUAUGUGCAAGGAUUUGUGGAGAAUAAGAGCACCGUGUGGGACAUGUGAGGGCUUUGAUGUAUCUCCCAUGGAUGAAAUGGUUCAGGUAAAUUAUUUUAAGUGAACUACUUUAAGUUUUCUUUGCAGACAGAUUUUAUUUCUUCACCAGUGUGAUCUACAUGUGCUUCUAGUAACUGUAAUCUUCUAAUAUUGGGGGAAUUGUUGGAAUCACAAAAUAUCGUUCAUUAAUUUCACUCCUGGUUGAAUUAAGAGUGUGCUUAAAUUCUGGUCCCCAGUUUGUACUAACUUUUAAAAACACUUUUGCAAACGUGUAUCGUUUACAGCGAUCUCUAGAUUUCCGUGAGUCUCGAGAAGCGGAGCCCCACCCUCUCUGGGAGUACCCAUGCCGUUCUCUGACCCAGUCCUCAGUCGUCAUGACCUUUGACUUCACACAGUGCAUCCCUCAACAGCCAGUCAACAGUCGGGGCUCACUGCCUCUAAUAAGGUAGUCAGCUAACUGGUUCUCUUUAGACUGUAGCAUACUUGGUACUACUUUUUGAGGGUAUUUUAUAAUCAUUUUGGAGCAAAGUCAUAAUUUGCCUUUCAUUUCACACCAAAAGUCCUGGUUGUAUUUGUUUCAGGGCGGGUCGUUGCCAUGGUGUCGUGUUGUGGAUGGAGUAUCAACUGACUGAUACCGUCACUGUCAGUGCGGGUCUGAUUGGACCAAUCACUGAACAGGUAUCAAGACAUUUUACAACAUAACAAUUGUCUUUGUUUUUGUCUUUUCUUGUUGAGUUUCUGCUAGUUAUUUGACCAUUUUGAGUCAUUUUACUCUGUCUCAGCACAGUCAGUCGUGAAAUCAGGGCUGCACAUGACAAUUAUUGUUACAUUAAUACGUUCUGUGUUGUCUUUUGCAUCGACCUGAUUUACAGAUUUGAAACAUUGUGUUACAACUUUAUUGGGCACAGAUCAGCUGCAUGAAGUUUGCUAACCUCUUCAGCAGGAUUGUGGGUGACUGGCAUUCUGACCGAUAUGCUUAUUCUUCCUUUCAGGGCGAGUGCCAGUGGAGUCGACACAGAAAACAAGGAGUGUAUUUUCUCCACUCUCCGUGGGAAAGCUUGGGCGAUGGUCGAGCUGCAGUGUCUUACAACUUAACUUUUGAGCCCAGUUUAGGAGACAUUAAGAUGGACUUUAACAUUGAGUCUGAGUAGAUCCAGUAGCUGAGCUGCAGUAUCUCUUUAUGCCGAGCUUUUAACCUCCAGUCAUUGUUUGCAUUGUGGCUGUUUUGGUUGCUUGAAUAACAUCUGUGGUUAGGCCCCUGUGGUAAAAAUGUCUUUAAAAUUUUCAGUGUUUUUGGACUCAGAAACUGUUAAAAGAAAAGAGGAACUAUUUGAACUCUGUUGAUAAUUUUAAUUAGUAGAAUAAAUAAAUACUGAAGGAGAGCCACAAGUAUAAUUUCAAGUAUUGAUGCAUUUCUAAGUGAACAAAUUCAGCAGCAAAUUACUGACGCCUAAGUUAGAUCUAAGAAGCUAACUGAUGGAUGAUCAGUCAGCCCAGUGCAACUUGGGAUGAAAAUGGUUUGUGUGUUUAAAAAACACAAACUACUAAGUUCAGUAACGUUUGUGUUCAAGUGAUAGCAAACAGCUUCUGUGCAGGAAUCGAGAGAACUUCAAACAAAGACGACUGUGUUGUAACAGAAAUGUUUUGUACGGUUUUGUAUUUGUCAUGUAGUGUUUUGUAUCUUUGUUGGGUCUCAGUUAAGGAAGUUUUCCUUUUUUUUAAGAAUGGACUUAAGCAACAUAACUGCUGAGCUUGCAGAUAUAAUAUUAUAUCAAAGACUGUUACUGUGUGAGACUCGUAAGAGUGCAGUAAAAGGAAAAAUCCAUGUUUGUGGUGCUUUUAGUCCAAAAGUGAUGAAGGAUUGUACCUACACAUUUCAGAACAACAUUUAUCAGCUGAACUCUUCAUCAGGGGUGAAAAAAGUACUCAAACAUCCUACUUGGGUAAAUACCGAGACUUUACAGUUACUUUAAUAUUAUUUUACUUUAAGCAAAGUCUACUAAGAUCGAAUUCAUAUCACUGCUCAAUAAAAAAUUAUUUCAGAUAUGAGGAUAUUACUUUUUUGAGUGUAUGUCCUGUACCAAGUUUCCCUCCCACCUCCUCUUCUCCCGCCUUUUUUUCCUUUCCUUGUUUUUGUCUCAGAAACACAAUAAUAGGUCAAAGGGGGGUUAUAGAAAAAAAUUCAACAGCCUGAGAUUAUGAGCGACCUCAUUCACAUCACCCUCCCACCUCCUCUCCGCUCUCUGCCUUCUAUCUUGAUUGAAAACAAUACAAACAUACUGGUGAUCAGGCACAGCACUAUUAGUUGAAAAAGUGUUUUUGUGAUUUUUAUCUUUCCCUCCGACAGAAACACAAGAUUUUCCCACCUCCUCUCCUCU